CCUACAAAUUAAUUCAUUCACACUUUGGAAAUCCCCUUGCCAACACACAUGUUUCGAAAUAGUCCCAUAUAAAUUGCAAUAAUUUUGACAAACAUCCUUUUUCCGUAUUAAGGCCAAGGAUCGUCAACAUUGUGAAACUUUGGCUUUUUUAGAAGGAAAUAAGGACAAAGCUGUUAUUCUUCUUCUUUGACGAAAAUCAUUCAUAAAUCAAAAUGUGUUGCGGACCAGCUGGCUGUUGUCCUAGCUGCGGACCCCCAUGUGGCUCGUGUUGCAAGAAUUGCUGCGUAGAAUUAUGCAAUGUGCCAUGUACUCCGGCAUAUUUGCAAUGUUCUUACGACUGUUGCAGCCUGCCUUGCUUUAGGCGAUGUUGCUAAAUUUUCUAGAAUAAGCCGCCAGCUUAACGGGAACAAGAAGUGAAGCUACAAAACAUAGAUCAAAGAAAAAAUAAAAAAAAAAAGAGCAAAAAUAA